GAAACAUGGUCAAACACACAUUUGCUAAUCUACUACUAUGGUCACUAGGCCAUGCGCUCUACGCAACUGGGAAAAUGGAUGAUGGUGCAAAGGAGCAAUCUUGGAGAAACCAGAACCUUGAUUCUGUCCCUCUGGAUUUGGAUGUCGGGCUGAGGAGUCUCGACCUAUCCAAUAAUUUCAUCAGACAGCUGCGGAAACUUGAUUUGCCAUAUUUGGAGCAGCUGGACUUGAGCAGCAACCAGCUGGAGCUCAUCUCGGAAGGAGCUCUUGGAGACCUGGCUCUACUUGAGAAGUUGAAUUUGUCGAUAAAUGCACUGAACAACAACCUUGACAGGAACAGCAAAGGCCUCCAAUCCAUUGGUGGACUGAAGAGUUUGGACAUAUCCCUGAACAGUUUGGGGGAUGAAGCGGUGAAACUGUAUCUACAAAACAAAUCUUCACUGGAGCAACUUAAGAUGAGUGGGAAUUCUUUAACAUGGCUCACACACUACUUGUUCAAAGAGAGUGAAGGUCUAAGAAGCAUUAUUAUUGAUAACAAUCUGAUAUCAGCAAUUGAUAGAGGAACAUUUGAACCACUGGAAAAACUAGAGAAGCUUAACCUGGCCAAAAAUAACCUUGCUCAUAUAUGUGACUUUAAACUACAGCGAGUUAAAUAUUUAAAUCUAAGUCGAAAUUCCAUCGAGUUUUUCAUUGCCGUUGAGGAUAACCACAUGUACAGUCUUGAAAUUCUUGACCUUAGUCAUAACAAACUACUUUAUUUCCCAAUUCUUCCAAAAUUCAACCAACUGAAAUACCUUUAUUUAAAUCAUAAUUUGUUGGGCACCUUAAAUUCAGAGGCAUCAAUGGUGUUAGAGGCUAAUUCGCUUUAUAAUGACGUCGUCAAACAGGGUGAUCUUAUAAUUGGAAAAAAUAAUCUCCACUCAACCUGGAGACUGAUGCCACUGAGCUACAUUGAUCUCAGCUAUAACCACUUCACAUCUUUCCCACUAGAAACGUUGAGCCUUCUCUCAUCUUUGGAAGGGCUUGAUUUCGGUUUUAACUGUGUGCAAAAUCUUACAUGGAAUGUCCGGCAUGACAGUGCAUCUGAAUACUAUAGACAGCUUUAUUUUCCCUCCUUAAAGUACCUGAACAUGCAAAGCAAUGGACUAGUAUCUGUUUCACCACUCUUUUUCCAGGCACUCACACAAGUCGAGACAAUAAAUCUCCAAGACAACUCAGUGCAGCCUUGCGCUCCCGUGGGCCAAGUGCACAGCUCCUCAUCACCACAGCAACUAAACUUGAACUCAUCCUGUGUUGCUUUCGGAAAAUUAAGAACUCUCAAACAUCUAAGCCUUGAAGACAACAACAUAAGGAUUCUUCAUGCAAAUGCAUUCCAGAAAAGCGCUUUGGUGUCUCUCAAUUUAGCUAGAAAUUCCCACAUGGUUAUGCAAGCUGGUGCACUGGAGGACAUAAAGGAAACCCUCCAGUCGUUGACGAUCAGUGAAUUAAAUAUGACCAAUUCCGAACUGUUCUUGCCCUGCAUGCCAAUGUUAAUGCAUCUGAAUAUAUCCAACAAUAAUUUGAAUGUUUUACCAAACAGUUUAAGUUGCUCUCCUCUGAGAGAAUUCAACAUAAGGAAUAAUGCCUUUGUGUCUUUCAACUACACUUUGAUUCUAGCUAUAUCAGCACACCUUCGUGUUAUGCAUAUUCAUGGGAAUUACUUUACCUGUUGUGACAGUCAGUGGCUGAGCACCCUCAAUAAUUCAAGGAUUAAAAUGCCUGACAUCACUCACACUGAAUGCUUUAUUGGUGACAGCAGUAUACUAAUUAAUGAGUAUUUAAACAAUUCGUCAGUGUACUGUUCACUUCACAUAAAAGGGAUUCACAUUGGACAAAUCAUUAUAGUUGUUCUGUUUGUAACUGUACUCAUAACAGUGCUCACUAUGGUCACUAGAAAAAUUUGUUGUCUAAAAAAGUCAUUCAUAGUGUGACAAAACUGCACGGUUUAUUAAGAUCUAAGACAAAAAUUUGAUGAAAAAAAACGUUUAAGUGACACUGUCAAUUUAGCCAUGUUUAUUAUUGCACACUGUCAGAAACACAAGUGCAGUGGGAAUCUAUUUCUGUCCCACAAUGUAUAAUAUGCAAAAAUGUCAACCACAGGGUUAUUUUUUUUAACUUACUUUUUUACUUUUUCCAAGGAAAAAGAAAACUAUGAUUCCAAGAUGUAAAAGCUGUCAAGGGGACAAAAGGCAAAACUAUUAGAAUACUAUUGCAGUGGCAAAUCACCCCUUAAGAUACAUUUAUAAAAACGAUUUUAGUGUAGUGUUGUAGAACUGAAUCACAUCAUACUAAGAGGUGUAUUUGGCUCACAAGAAGGGUUACCCACCCAAGGAAAACUCUAUUACCACAUCAUAGAUUGAUACAGUUACAGAAAGUGGUGGUCUAGCAGUCCCUGACAUUAAAUGUAUCAGUUGUCAUAUCUCUUCAGAUAUAUGAGAUUGGUUCCAGGAAGACCCUGAAUCUGCAUGGCUCGAUAUUGAAUUGGAGCAUGCAUCCCCAGUGACACUAAAAAAUGUUUUAUAUGCUUCCAGAAAGUGGGCCACCUCAUCUGUUAAGGGGGACCUGAUUAUACAGAAUACUCAAGAGUAUUGAUGUUAAAAAGGAAAAUAGAGGGUCAGGUUGGAAUAUUAUCCACUCUGACUCCUUUACAUUUAAAUCCAGAUUUCCUCCAAAACUUGAGCGAGAAUCUUUCAGCUUGUGGCAUGUUUAAGGUGAAAAGACACUAGGGAACAUGCAGUUAGAUGGGGUGGUGAAAAUCUUUGACCAAUUGAAAAGUAAAUAUGAAAUCCCCAAUACACAAUUAUUUAGCUAUUUCCAGUUUACGUCGCUGUUAUGUUACAACAACCCUCAGACAAGCCCUGUGUUCCAAUGCAGCCUCAAUACUGGAGGAUGUACUUUUCAUUGAGGUCUGCCCCACCAAACUGGUGUCAAAAGUGGAUGCAACACUCUGCAAAAGCAAGCAAGGUCAAAACAGUGGGAAACUGACUUCAGACUUGAAAUUGAUGGCGAGUGGGAAGAUUUGUGGCAUAGGAGGAUGUUUCACUACUUCAUAAGGCCAUAGAAAUCCAAUUUAAAAUUAAUCAUUGGCUGCAUAUAACGCCAAUGCAAUGAAACAUAAUGAAUCCUAAGCUGUCAAACUUUUGCCACAAGUGUAAAACUGAUGAAGGUACAUAUCUCUAUUGUCUUUUAGAUUGCAUUCAUAUCUGUAAAUAUUGGGUAAAUGUCCUUAAAGAAAUUCAUGUGAUACUGGGUAAAACUUUCAAUGUCUAGAUAGAUAACCCUCCAGGCUUCUCUAAUAACCAGUUGAAACUCUUUUGUGCUCGAUCUAUUUUGUUAAUGUGGAUCUCAGAGUAGUAGCUCGCAGCAUGACACAGUGGCUGGCUAGUGUGACUGAGAUCUUGCCCCUCGAGGACCUUAGUUUCUAUCUGUGUAAUAAGCCUUUACAGUUUCACAAAAUCUGGAGCCCAUGUCAUAUCUAGGUCAUGAUUGUUUACGAACAUUAUCGAACCGGCUGCAUAGGCAAGUUUGGUCUGGUUAAAUGCUUGACAGUCUGUGUACCUUCUGGUUUAAUAUUUGAUUGUGACUUUUGUAUACUGUGCUUCUCUGCUGAUAUAGCUUGUUUGAUCUGUAUGCUGAUAUAGCUUUUAUUUUUUCUUCUUUUCUUGGUGAAUUACUAUUACUAUAAACUACCAUGCCAGCUGCCUGUACCUUUGUUAAUGUUC